AUGGGCCCUCUCCUCCGGAAACUCCAUUCCAUCGGUCCUGAAGAGUGUCCGCAAGAUGAGAUCCGUCCUCUAAUGGAGUUAUUCAUCUCCCUGAAGGAUCUGUCGGACGACGACGAUGCUAGCUUCACCAGCGGAUGGUGGAUGAAGAUAGUUCGGGAGCUUUGCUACGACAUGGAGGAUCACCUGGACGAGUUCGUUGGGGCCGGCACUGAUCUCGAUUUUUCAGAACUACUUGCUCGCGCAAAGGAUGCAAGUGAAAGACGCCAACGUUUCCAGUGGUUUCCUCUCAAAACCAUCAAGCAAGCGGACCGAGGGGGAUCCGGGGUCAACCGGCUCACCUCCGAAGCGAACGCCGAGCUGCCAGUUCCGAUCUAUGGCCGUAGCAAAGCUGGUGUUGUGGAGCUUCCAAACAGACUUGUCGAGCUGCUGGCUUUAGACGGCGACGACAAGCAGACACUCAAGGUGAUACCCAUAACUGGGUGUGCAGGUGCUGGAAAGACAACAGUAGCCAGAACCUUGUUCCACAAUCACGGUGGGAAAUUUCAGUGCCGCGCUUUCCUAAUUGUGUCUCGGAAUCCAGACAUGAGGGCAUUUUUCACCAACAUGAUCUCACAACUUAAGGCGCCAUUACCCCUUGGCUUUCCUGAUGUGCCGGACCUUAUUGAUGCUGUCAGUAAACAUCUGCAAGGCAAAAGGUGA